CCCCCUUCCCUAGACAGGGCUGCCUUCAGAUGGUUCCGGGGUCCCACACCCUCCAACAUUUCUCCGAUGAAAACAGGGACAUCCUCACCCCCAGCCAGCGGCUGGUCCUCGAUCGGCGCUUCCCCGGCCUCCCGCCAGCAGAGGCCGCUGUUAGCUGCGGAGGCGAGAACCCUCCGCCUGCCCCCGUUUCCUGCCUCUCUCGCUCUCCUCGCUCCCCGCUCCGAAGCCUCGGUCAGCGGCGGACUUCCGGCCUCGGCAGCUGCGCGGCCACCAUAUUGGGGUUUGUUGCAGCCCGAGGAGGCCUCGGCGCCAGCUCUCCCUGAGGCCGCCCGAGCAGCGGGGACUCUUCCGGGGGACGGCGGCGUAGGCGGCGGCGGCGGGGAAGCGGCCCAGCUCCAGGCUCUUCGCGUCCUCCGUGAGCCCUUGGCUGCGUAGGUGGAGGCCCCGGCGGAGUUUCGGGCUUUCUUCCAUACUUGCAGUUGUGUUUUUAAAAGCGGGGCGGCGGGGGGGGGGGAGAGGAGAGAUCUGAGGGAAAGUGCCAGGAAUGGGCGGGGUUGGAGGGCGGGGGGAGGAAUGUUGGGGGGAGGGUCAGGGGGAGGGGGAGGGAGGGAGCAAGGGGUGGGGUGGGGUUAAAAGAAAAGGGAGACCCUGCUUGUGGGACCCGCCUUUUGUCUCUUUGGAAAGAGCCCCCGACGCGGAGAAAAGAGGGAGAGGGGAUGCCCAGGAGAGCGACCCAAGUAAAAGAAAUUAUUUAUUAUUAUUACUAUUACUAUCAUCACUAUUCUUAUUAUCAUCACUAUUAUUAUUAUUAUUAUUCGGACCUUGCGAGGACGGGUGUACGUGUGAAUGUGUCUAGGGGUGGGUUGUGUCAGGCUUUCGCACCGCCGCCACUUCCGGCUUUUUGAAGGCACAGAUCUUUUCUCCCCCCUCCCCAAUCGCGCUGAGGAAGGCGGGUGGGAGUGGGAGGUGAGUCAUAAUAACCGCAGCAAUUAUUGCAUGCCCUGGCACCAGCUUUAUUUGCUUGUUUUUUUGUUGUUUUUCUCUCUUCCUCCCCUGGUCAGGGUGGAAUCGAUCGCUCCGGUUAUUUGUUUUUUAACAGUUUCCUCACACUUCUCUGUGCUGUGUCCUUAAUAGCAGAAGUUCCACACAGUGGGUUGUUGUGAAGCCAUAAAAGGGAAGGGAAAAGCAGGCUAGUGCAAAUCCGGAGGGAGAUGACAGGAGUGUAAAAGAUCUAAGGGACAUGCGAAAUGUUUUCUAAACCGGUCUUUACCUGCUGCUGAAAAGAACCACAGCACAGGUGCCAGGAAAGCCAAACUGGGGAGGCCAAAACUGACACAAUUGUUGUCACCACUCUCAGUUUAAUAAUAGACUUCUCAGCACUCAUACAUUGCUUAGGAAUCUUUACAACAACCCUGUAAAGUAGGUCAUUGACAGUAGGUGUUGACAGCAAAAAGAAUAAAGGUUCUGGGUACCUGAGUGGGAGAGAAUCAAUCAUUCUAAAGGCCUUCUAAUGAGCCAUGCAGCUUGUUAUGAGUGAGAUUAAAUAAUCGGGAGCAAACGUAUAUCUUUGUCCCUGAGUUUGGAUUGUCUGAAAACUUUGUUCUGUAGAAGAAGUUAACGUUAAAAUUGGAACUUGCUGAAAGGUGGAAUUGAAGCACUCCAGUAUAUAAGUAAGCAAAGCAGAACUGUAUUAACUGUGAAAGGAAGAACCCAGCAGUUGGUACAAUUAAGGUGAAGUGUUCCAACGUGGGUGCAUGUGUCCCACAGAGACCUUUCAUGGCACCCUUAGGGUCUGCUUUGCCAGCUAAAAUUAAGCUUGAAAAGAGCAUUCUGUUGUAGCUAAUGGAAUAGAUUGUGGUGUGAACUUGAUUGUGGUGCCCACAACUGUUUCUCUACUUUGCAAAUGUGUCCUUAAGCUGAGAAAGGUUGUUGACCCCUGAAUUAAGGAAACAAUUCUGGUGAAUAUCAGAUUCUGUUUGUUUUGUGUUUUCAUAUAAAUUCAAUGGAAUACAAGUAAAGGAAUUAGGGCAGUCACAAGUUGAUGCCUGUUGAGUGUAGCUACUAAAUGAGUAGGACUUUAUAUGGGAGAAGACAGACAUAUAGAUACUUCACAGCCCCAAACACAAGUUGUUUAUGCUGGCAAAAAAAAAAGUAAUAUUUGUGUGCUGAGGCUGCAAUGUUAAUAAAAUAGAGAAUCGUUUUUGUGAGUAGGAUUUUAUUGUAAUAAGCAAAAACAAUGUUUAGAGCAUCAUCGGAGUUAAAAUAUAUAAACUGGACUUAGCAAAAGAGGAAGCUGGGAGAGAGCAACCUAAGCCAAAAGAAUAGCAGCCAUUUGUCAUCAUACUCAUAUUCUUUUUUUAUUACUUAAAUUAUAUGAUAUCUCUAUAUAGUAUAAUGUAUUUAUGUUUCUGAAUGUAAGACAUUUGGACCUAAUUAGGUAACAAGAAAAUAGUAAAUAACUAUACAUAUAUUCUUAUUCUUAUUCUUUUAUUGUUCAUUUAAAAUAAUUAUAUACUGUUGUUCCUCAUUAACAAGACCAGAGUAGUGUACAAUAGAAGUUUUUUAAAAAAACCAGUAAAAUGUAACUGACAAUGUUUAUGUGAUUUGUUUUGUAGCUCUUUUCCGUGUUUACAGUUCAUUUCAGUUCAUUUGACUUUAGAUGGCCUUGGGUGCUUGUAAGAAAUUAGUACAGAAAGUUUUGACACUACUGUUAUUGUAUUGCUGGUCGUAAAUAGAGCUACACAUCGAUAAGUGCCAACUGGCAAACCCAAUUUAAGAGUCAUCUGAGGCUAAUUUGUUUGUAGCAAAAGCUUUACCGGCAACGCCCUGCUGGUAUAGGAAAGGCAAUAAGUCAGUUCCAGCCCAGUCCUGUGUGCUAAAUCUACUGUGUUUAGCACAGUGUCCUCUCAAGUGAGAGUAAAGGAUUUCAUCCCUAAUUUCAGUGCCUUCUGCCUUUGCAUUUAUGCCAGAAGGAAGUGGAUUGCCUAUCCCUGCCAGAAGUUGAAAAACUCUUCUGCUAGGCUCUACAGCAAUAUCAAUGCCCCUAAUCAGUGAUCCCUGCUUGGUGGCUUGUGCAGUGGGGUUUAAUGGGCUUUUUCUGUUGUCUGUUGCAGGGGCUGAACGCCUUCUUGAAGACUCUGCUCAAAGCACAGGAGUGGGGGGGGGGAGGGAAAGUGAGAAGGGGCAUCUAGAGAGAUCAUGGAAGAGAAUGGCGAGGAUGUGACUUCCUUGGGUAAGGAUCUCUUACGUCUCGUUGGAAUGGUUCUGCAUGUCCCGGUGAUAAGCCACAGUAUGGCUAACUGAUCACACAAACCCACUGGAUCCCAGCAAGGAGCUUGAACUCACCUUGCUCCUCCCUGGGCUUUUUAGGUAUCUAAGCCUAGUGUAUCUACUGAACCUGGUAUCAUGGUUAAGGUUCCUCCUCUUUUACCAUGAUAUUUAGCUGUUUGGUACAGAUCAUGGUUAAAUGACAGGCCUUAGCCGUGAUCUCUGGUUGAGCCAACAUGCUAAGGCAAACCUUGGCUUGGCUGUCAUGCUGCCCUGACGUAAAAAGAUCAGGGAGCUGCACAUGGAGCAUGAAUGCAGGCACUGUGAAGACUCAGGAGUCCUUAGAUAUGUUUAGACAUUGUUCCUAUAGUGGAUGUAUACCUGAAAAGUGGACCCUAGUAAUUCUAAAUUUCGAUUAGUUGAUCCUUCCACAAAUUCAUGGAGCAUUUGGAAGGAGGAGACACCCCAUGUCAACCGGCAUUGGCAGCUGCUGUCCUGUUGGUGAACUUGCCUGCUCCUGCUGACAGCUUUUCAUAAGCCAAUGGGAAGAGGAGAUUUCUCCCAUUUGUUAGCAGAGAGUCAGCCCCUAGUGGUCCACAAAAAGGGGGUGAGAGCUACUAGAGCAGGCAUAGGCAAACUCGGCCUGCCAGAUGUUUUGGGACUACAACUCCCAUCAUCCCUGACCAGUGGUCCUGUUAGCUAGGGAUGAUGGGAGCUGUAGUCUCAAAACAUCUGGAGGGCCGAGUUUGCCUAUGCCUGUACUAGAGAGUGACUCUGAAGCUGCUGUUCCCAGGAGCACAGAGCAAGGUGAGUUGAGAAUGCUUGAAGGCAGCUUUGCAAAUAAGGUCAUAAAAGUUACAAGCCCACAACAGUUGCUGUUGGGUUUUUUUUGCCCUAUGCAUAUCUGUGUUGGAGAUCUGUGGCACAUAGAUGGCUUAGGAGGGCAACAGAAUCUUAAAGGGUACACAAGUUUCCUUGUCUGGUUACCUGGAUGAGAUCCUUGCUCUUCAUAGACGAGCAGCCACUGCUGCCUGUUGUCUACUAUGGAAAGCAGCCUGAAUAGUGGGAGGAGUUCCAAAACAUCUUGGAAGCAGGAGCUUAAUACGUUGUAGCAUCUGAGUUGGUUUUCAGUCAGCUGAGAUUUAUGGCAUUUGCCCACGAUCAAAAGGGUGGUGCUUUUUUGGAUUGAGCAACACUUCAGAGUUUGCUCAGCCAAAUAAACUAUACGGUGACUGCUUCCUAACAGUGAAAUCAGAAUUCCAAUUAUUCAGAAAAAUCCUUAGCACCAGCUUGGGAUUUAUUUUGGUUUUAAUGUGUAUUAAAAUGGGUAUUUUAAUGUGUAACAAAUGGGUAUUUGGUGUAAAAUUUAGAUUCCUAAAAAUCUGUUUCAUCUUGUUUUUGUUUCAAAAAAACCACAUUUCCAGUGCUUUUGGUCUCAUGGGAUAGUUGUUCCGUUAAUUGCCCUUUCCUUGUGACUUUCAGUCACCUUUUCCCUCCAGUAUUGCUCAUAAGAGAUCCAGAAGUCUUCCCCUCUAAUUUUGCCUGUUUCUCUUUUUUCCCCGAGCGGCCUACAUUUCAACAGAUGGCAGUUACACAGGUGAGUAAUUGUUCUUUUGCAUGUCGAUCAGGCCAGGGUAAAGGCAGGUGUGUCUAGAAAGCUGCUCUUAAACAGUUACGUGAUUGGAAUACGUUACGAAAAUUUUCCUUAAAUUUGUUUUUAAUAUAUGUUGGGUUUUUUUCUGGUCAGGGGCUUAGAAUAGUGGAGGUUAAAGAGGGAUGGAGCUUUUAAGAUCUCUUCACACGUUACGCUAGACACGUGUAUCGCACCGUUGUCACGUAUCUUUUUUUUCGCAUGUCGGAAUGCAGACUCCCGUGCCAUUUCCUCGAGGUCACACGUGUUUUCUUUGCAGGCCAACUUGCGGGAGCAAAGAUGCGAGACGCGUGUCUCUCGUAACGUUUGUGGGAGGUGCACAUGUCUCAGCGGGGGAGUUGCCAGCGUGACCAUAGAGUGCAUUGUACAGAGCGUCCCGCCUCUCUCUAUCCGCACUCUAUCGUUAGGAGCUUCCUUGUUACACUCCCCCUCCUUCCCGCUAGUGCUCUUUUUACUGCGCCCCAGUUGAGAAAGUUUCCUGCUGCCAUUUUAAAAACAAAUUCCUGCCGCCGGUAUUGGCCGGGUCACCCUCGGAGCACACCAUGUUGUCUGAUACCCUUCCAGAGACGGUGCCGAUGCCGAACCACGGCACAAUGGCAGCUUCUUCGCAGGGCUCUUCGUCUGCCACGAAAUCGAGGCGCCAGCCCGUUUGGACCGACGAGGAAACCCGGGCCUUCAUCCAGGUUUGGGGCGACGACGCUGUGCAGAGUGCCCUGGCGUCCAACUACCGCACGGUUGCGCAGUUCCAGUGGAUCGCGGACGAAAUGCGAGCCCGGGGUUACAACCGGGACUGGGAGCAGUGCCGCGAGCGGGCCAAAGUGCUGCGGCGCGGCUUCAAAGAGAUAGUGGACGGCAACAGCAACGCCGGCCACGGGCGGCGAGUGUGGCCGUACUACGAAGAGCUCAACCGGUUCCUCUGCAUCAAGCAAAACCUGGUCGUUCCGCGGCUUUCAGGGAGCAACGCGCGGCCACCGGUAGACCGCCGGCGCCGGGAACACAGGGAGACUCAGGACCCUGCCUACGAACCGCCUUCCUCGGUUGGGAAAGGCGACAAAGGGACUUUUGAAGAGCCAGAUGGGGACUGCUUGCUCUUGCCAGAAUCAGCUGGGUCGCAGCACAGUGAAGCCAACAUGGAAAACCAAGUGGGGUCUCCGGCAGCCAACUCCGAUAUAUCCAUGGACGGCAGUGCCGGCCCUGGCACUCCGACAGAUCCAUUGCCAUCCAAUGACUCGAUUUCUGGUGAGUUUUGUUUGGAAUUGCGGCUUGGUAUGGUACAUGGUUUGUUGCAGUUGUCUGUGGACUUCUGGACAGGUUGGGUAAUUUUGAGACAGGGAGGGGUUGCUUUAUCACGCGCACUUGUUUCCAAGUGCAGAGCAAUGGAGUGAAGUCUGAGGAUCUUGAGCAGGGGUCGGCAAACUAAGGUCCACGGGCUGGAUCAGGCCCAAUUGCAUUCAGGAUUCGGCCCACGGACUGCCCGUGGAUCGGCGUGGGGAUUCUGUUCGUUUGGGCUGCACCAUCCCCCCCCCCCGCGCCAUUCCAUCCCUCCCCACACCACAGUGGUGCCUCCUCCCUCCUCCUGGCUUCUCUCCGCCCUGCCUAGAGGAGAAAGGGGGCUGGCUGAGUGCCAUUUUAAGCAGCCCCUCUCUGGAGCCCCUCUCUCUGCUCAUCUUCCCGCUGCCGCUGCUUUGGUACUCCUGUGGGCCAGAGAGUGGAGCAGAUGAGCUUCGUCUGCCAACCCACGAUAAGCAGUGGUGGCGGUGGUGGCAGCAGUAUCCCCUGGGAAGGUAAGUGCAGCGACGGGGGGUGGGGAGGAGGACUACUUGCCCCUCUUGCCUCUUCUUCUAGCCCCGCCCCCAGUGCUGCUUCUUCAGCCUGCAACAAGGUCUGACAGUGGACCGGCCCGCGUCAAAAAAGUUUUGCUGACUUCUGAUCUUGAGAAACACAGCUUUGAUUUCAGCAGCCGGGGAAUCAAAUCCUCAGUCAAUUUGGGUUGGGUAAUAUUAUGCUUGGGGGAAAACCUGGUGAGAUUUCUGAAGUUGUAACAGGGCUGAGCUUCAAAGUUCAGGGGAUGGAGCUGCUUAACAGAAUUUGUUGUAUCAUAGGUAAGCAAAUAUAUAGACAUCUGCAGAAAUCCAACAGUGCCACCAAAUUGCAGACUCUGACUUAAAAAAAAAAACAUUUUUAGGGUGGCCUUGUGUGGAAUCUGGAAGCUGGCGUGUGCACGUAUGAAUGUUUUAGAUUAGCGUACGGUAGGCUGUUGCGAAGUCGCAUUAUUCAUCAUUUUGUUUAGCCUGCUUUCUGAUGUUUGCCCCUCCAGCGCCGAACCUGCGCCCUCGACCGCUGACGGCCGCCGAGAGGAUGCGCAACCUCCGUUGCCGGCAGAGGAAGAGGAGGGGGGACACCUUGAAGGAGCUCAUGGAAGUCACCUCGCAGGCCACCAGCGAACUUGUCCGGACACUGUCUGACCUCACGCACAAGGAGGUGGCUUCCUUCGAGCGUGCCUACAAGGAGGAUCUCUCGGCCCGCAAAGACGAGAUGGAGCAGAGCGCGGAGGACAUUGGGAGGCUCGUCAGCGCCCUGGAAUCGAGCGAUCAGACGCUGAAGGAGCAGCUGAGCAGCCAGACCAGCGUGUUGCAGGGCAUCCUGGAAGUUAUGAAAGACAUACGGGGCAGAACGUCAUACAGUCCGCCCUACCCUUCGCAGUAUUACGACUUCCCGGGCCCUAGCAUGAUGCAUGCGGCGGCCACCUCCUCAAACGGCCAAGAGAUGCCCUGCCCCUCCCCUUCCAGCCUCGCAUUCGCUUCCCAGCAAUCAGCCACCAGCAACGGAGACGUCUCUCCCCGGAAGCGAAUGAAAUGAAAACUGCCGCAACCGAGAGGCCCGUCUCCUUUUAGUCUCAUUGUGGGAGCGGGGAAUCCAUCCCUCCAGCUGUUCGUUCUUCUUGUUACAACAUAUAUAUUGCUUUCUUAUUGCAUAGUUAGAAUGUGUUUUCACCACAUUUACACGUGUGUCUCCCCACAGCGUUAACGGUUGUGCGGAAACAGCUGCCAGCAAUGUACAUUUAAAUUUAUUCUUAUUGGGGGGGGGGUUCCUUUUUUUUUUUUUUAAGUGUACCUACAUUUGUUUCCCUUCCAUCUUGUUUCCAGAGGAAUGCAGUGUUUGAUGUACAUGUGUACAAGUUUUUUAAACAAAACCAAUAAUAAUAAUAAUAAUUACACUUAACACAUUACCGGCUACCUGUAAGAAGGUAAUCUUUUAAAAAGAAAUAAAGAUGCACUGUUGUUCCAAAUUGUUCAACACGUGUUUUCCGGUAGCAUCUUAAGAUCCCGAGAAUUCUUACGCUGGGUCAGAGAUGGGAGUUCUGUCAAAUUGAGCAUUCUGCCUUUCGAGAAAAGAAGAGUCCGUGGUGGGGUUCUGGUGGCAUCUUUCUCUCCUGUUCUUACUACCCUGCAUAUCUGGUCAAGGUUAAACCAUCUCUGAAAAUGGAGCCUGUAGUUCAUAUCCACCAAAAGAAGUGGCAUGCAUGCAUUUACAUAAUCCUUUUUAGACACUGUUUUUGUGCAUCCUCUCGUGAUAUAUUUCAGAAGUUAUAUAAAUGCAUUGUCUUCAGAAGGACCUCUCGUUUUCCUUCAACCCACUACCUCCCAAUUGCCAUGGGUAGCUCUUUAUCUUUUGUGUACGUUGAGCAGCCCUGAAUUUUUCUCCGCAGCGCUCGAGGCUCCAGAUCUUUUGUGUUUGUCAUCAAACGCCUUUUCUAAGCAGAAAAAUCACUUGUUUAAGGCACCAAACCAGAUAACAGCAGAACAUCAACAGGUGUAGCCUGGUGAUGUUCAAAAGCAAGGAAUUGAGCAGGGUGUGGUUUGCUAAGCAAGAGACUUGAAGGUCUAAGAAGCUGAACCUUUCCCAUAUUUGCCACUCCAAAUACUUUUCUUUCAGUCACGCCCACUGGGCAGGGAGAGGAUUUAGCAAUCCUUAGCCACACACCACUAUCUUUCUAUCAUUGGUAAUUUUUCGCACCGCUUUGUAUCCAAAGGACAUUAGGCUCACAAGGCUGUAGUUUCCUGGAUUUUGGCUCAAGGAUGCCUAUGUUCCAUCGAAUCAUAGAGUUGGAAGGGACCCCAAGUGCCAUCUAUUCCAACCCCUGCAAUGCAGGAAACUCAGCUAAAGCAUCCAUGACAGAUGGCCAUCCAAUCUCUGCUUAAAAACCUCCGAGGAAGGAGAGUCCACUGCCUCUCGUGGGAGUCUGUUCCACAGUUGAACCGUGCUUACCGUCAGAAAGUUCUUCCUGAUGUUUAGUCAGAAUCUCCUGUCUUGCAACUUGAAGCCAUUGGUUCGAGUCCUACUCUCCAGAGCGGGAGCAAACAAGCAUGCUCCCUCCUCCAUGUGACAGCCCUUAUGAUAUUUGAAGAUGGCUAUCAUAUCUCUUCUCAGUCUCCUUCUUUCCAGGCUAAACAUUCCCAGCUCCUUUAAGAGAUCCUCUUAGUUUCCAGACCUAUGAUCAACUUGGUCACCCUCCUCUGUUCACGUUCCAGCUUUUCAACAGCCUUCUUAAAUUGUAGUGCCCAGAAUUGGACACAGUAUUCCAAGUGUGAUCCGACUUAAGGCAGAAUAGAGCAGUACUGUGACUUCCCUUGAUCUGGACACUAUACUUCUCUUGAUGCAUUCUAGAGCAACAUUAGCUUUUUUUGCUGCUGCAUCACGCGGUUGUCUCAUGUUAAGUUUGUGGCCCACCAAAACCCCUAGAUCCUUUUCACAUGUACUGCUAGUAAGCCAGGUGUCCCCCAUCCUAUAUUUGUGCAUCUGGUUCUUGUUGCCUAAAUGCAGAACCUUACAUUUGUCCCUACUGAGAUUCAUUUUGUUAGCUUGCAGUUCCCAGUUCUCCAAUCUGUUAAGUUCAUUUUGAAUUCUGAUUCUGCGGCAUUGGCUACCUCUCCCAGCUUGGUGUCAUCUGCAAAUUUGAUGAGCAUCCCCUCGAUUCCUUCAUCCAAGUCAUUUAUAAAGAUGUUAAACAACAAGGGGCCCGGGGCAGAACCCUGUGGCACCCCACUUGUCACUAUUUUUCAGGAUGAUGAACCAUUAAUGAGUACUCUGGGUUCAGUCAGUCAACCAGCUACAAAUCCACCUAACAGUUACCUUGUUCAACCCACAUUUUACCAGCUUCCUCGUGAGAAUAUCAUGGGGGAUUUUGUCAAAAGCUUUACUGAAAUCAAGAUACACUAUGUCCACAGCAUUUCCGUGAUCUACCAAGUUUGUAAUUCCAUCAAAGAUAUCAUUUUGGUCUGGUGUGACUUAUUUUUGAGAAACACAUGCUGGGUCUUAGUAAUCACAGCAUCCUUUUCUAAACGCUCACAGACCGACUGUUGAAUUAUCUGUUCUAGGACCUUCCCUGGUAUUGAUGUCAGGCUCACUGGUCGGUAGUUACCUAGGUCUUCCUUUCCCCGCUUUUUGAAGAUGGAGACAUUUGCUCACCUCCAGUCUGUAUGGACCUCACCUGUUCUCCAAGAAUUCUCACAGAUAAUAGACAAAGGCUCUGAAAUUACAUCCACAAACUCCUUUAGUACCCUUGGAUGCAGCUCAUCAGGCCCUGGAGAUUUGAAUUCAUUUGAAGUAGCUAGGUGUUCCCUUACUACCUCUUUUCCUAUCUUGGGCUGCAGCUCCCUCCUUGCAUCAUUUAUUCCGUUAUCACCAGGUUGGGCAUCACUUUCCUUUUGGGUGAAGUCAGAGGCAAAGUAGGUGAGUAGUUCCGUCUUUUCUCUGUCACCCAAUAGCAUUUCUCUGUGUUCCCCACACAGAGGACCUACCACUUGCUUGUUUUCCCUCUUACUUUGGACAUAGCCAAAGAAACUUAUUAUUAUUAUUUUUAACCUCUCUUGCAAGCCUAAGCUCACUCUGAGCUCUUUCCCCCUGCAACUGUUGGCUACUCAUGUAUACUACUCCUGUGUGAUUUCCCCAUUCUUUCAUUUUUUAUACACGCCAUUCUUAACUUUCAGCUCAUCUGUAAGUUCCUUUUGCAGCUACACCAGUUUCCUUAGAUGCCUCCUACUUUUCUUUCUUGUUGGUAUUGUCUGCAUUUGGACCUUCAAUAUUUCUCCUUUUAGAAACUCCCAUCCUUCUUGGACUCCCUUCUCAUUGAGUAUUUCUGACCACAGGAUCACACCCAAUAUCUCCUUCAGCUUUUCGAAAUUGGCCUUCUCAAAGUCCAGAGUGCGAGUCUGACUACACUCACUUUUCCCUUGCCUCUGUAUCCUGAAACCCAAGAGAACAUGAUCACUUCCCUCCCAAGUUUCCGAGCUCUUCCGCUUCAUCCAUCAGUUCCUCCCUAUUGGUGAGGACCAAGUCCAAGUCCCCUUGUUGGUUCUUCCACCUUCUGGGCAAUGAAAUUGUCAGCGAUGCAAUGGAGGAAUUUGUCAGACCUUACACUCUUGGCAGAGUUUGAAUCCCAACAGAUAUCACGGAAGUUGAAGUCCCCCAUGAUUACUAUUUCUCUCCUUUUUGAAUGUUUGGUAAUCUGCUCUAGUAAGGCAUCAUCUGAGUCUUCAGUCUGUCUUGGCACUCUAAAGCAGACAACCACAGUUGUCACUGUUGUUUCUCUCCCCUACAAUUUUUACCCAUUUUUGGUUAAAAUUGCUUUUAAAAAGUACUAUUUUUCUCUCCUACAAUUUUGCGCAUUGUUCCACCAGGUUGUGGUUUUGUUUCCUAUUUAAUGCCUAUUUUGUCUACUGACUCCCAAUACUGUUUCCUAUUUCACUCACUCUUACGCUGCAAUCCUAUGCACACUUACCUGGGAUUAAGCCCUGCUGAAUAUAGCAAGUAAUCAGGCCUUGGAUUGUACUGUUAAGUCUUCCAGUAUUUGCAUCAGUGCUCCUGUCGCUAGGAGGUCUUCCCUCCUCCUGCAGCACGAUGAAUUGGUCAAGUGAGCUAAACCACUUCAGGCUGCAGAUCGGGAGCACAUGUGUUCGUUUGGGUGGUGUUUUAAAUGUUCUACAUAAAAAGUUCCCUUCAAGUAGAAAACUAGCACAGCAGGUGAGAGGCUUGGCUAGAACUUCCAUCCCUGAUGUGCUAUGUGUUUUAAUUUCGGGGAGUGUGUUACACAGAUAGGGGGGAGCAUUCAUUUUUAUUUUAACCCUGUGUAAUCCCGGCUGCAAUCUGAAGUGGUGGGCUUCAGUAUUCUACCACCUCUUCUGCAUGUGUAACUAAUGCUAUGAGUUUUCUGGAAAAUUUGAACUGGAAAAUGUUUGUAUGCAAAGUAGGGUAAUUUAGAGCAUGGGGGUAGGAAAGCUUUGGCCCUGGAGUUGUUGCUGUGCCACAAUCCCCAUCAACCCCAACUUUUGAUACUGCCAGGCUGGCCCAAUAAUUGUAUUUGAUAUACAUGCACAGUUGUGAACGGAAAUUUUUCUAUAGGGGGCAAAGAAAAGACUCAGAAAACACAUGCCCCACAUUUGUAAGGCCUUACAACACAAAGCUGUGUAUGUUUACUCAGAAGGAAGUUCCUUUGAAUUCACUGGUACUUAAUUCCCAAUUUAAGCAUAUAUAGGACUGCAGUUUGCUGCCGAAACAGCUGACCUGCUCUUAACUACACAUACAGCAGAGUGAAAAACUUAAGAUGAUGUGAUUCUGGACUGUACGACUGCAGGUGGGGGGUAGAGAGCCUUUUUCAAUGCCCCCCCCCUCUGGUGUUGGGUCUUGUUUUCAAAAACCUUCCCCCAAAGUUAAUUUUUUUAAAAGCACAUCCCCGAGGAUGCUAAAAUUUUCUCCUUGAUGGCUAAUCUAUGGGAGCUUUCAAUAAUUAAAUGUAAAAUGUUAUAAAUACA